CAGGUCUGUGCCAUGGAGCAGGAACGGGACGAGGGACAACGCGGCUGCGGCGGGAGGACCCGCAAGGACCUGGAGGAGGAGCUCCGGGACCUCAGCAUCAAGGUGACGUCGCUGGGGCGGAGCCUGGCGGCCGAAAGGGGGCGGAGCCUUGCGGAGGGCGGGGCCAGGCGCGCGCUGGAGAUCGCGGUGGGCGGGGCCCAGGCGCGGGUGGGCGGGGCCUGCCGGGCACGUGACCGCGCCUACGAGCGGCUGCGGCUGCAGCAGGAGGCGGAGCGUCAGCUGUGGGCGGAGCUAGAGGCCGCGCGAGAGGCGCUGGAAGGGGCGGAGCUUCGGGCGAAGGAGGCGGAGUCAAAGCGGCGCGGGAGGGAGGCGGAGCUCGAUCGGCUACGGCAGGCAGUGGCUGCGGCCAAUCAUGAGCGGCGGAAGGCGGAGCAAGAGCGCGAUGACGUGGCUGCCCAGAGGCCCCGCCCAGUCAGCACCAUCGCCCAUGGGUGCCAGGGGCUCCGGGACCCCAGGGUGCUGGAGGCAGCGCUGAUGGAGCUGCGGGCCCACAACCGGGAGCUGCAGCAGCGCCUGAGCCAGCGGCAGGCCCAGGUGCUGGAACUGGGCCGAGCUCUCGCGGCCGCGGCGCUGCGGGCUCAGGAGUCGGCGCAUGCGCGGUGGCGGCUGGAGGCGGAGCAGCGGAGCCUGCGGGGGCGGAGCCUCUGGGAGCCCCCGGCGCGCGCCGAGGCCGCGCUCAGCGCCCGCUGCAGUCACGUGGGGGAGCUGCUGAGGAGGGAGACGGAGGCGCGGGGGGCGCUGUUGCGCUCGGCCCGCUCGGCGCGGAGGCGGCUGCGGGCGCUGCGGGGGGAGCUGCAGGAGCAGCGGCUGCGGGGGGAGCGGUACCGGCUGCAGGCGCAGGCCCUGGAGGUCAUGUGCCGCGCUGUGGCCGAGCGCGUGGCCGCGGUGGCCGCGGGGACGUCACGUGACCAAGCCCAGGGCUGGCGCCUGCGCCAGGAGCUCGAGGCCGCCGGGGACGGGGCCGCGGCCACCGCGCGUCACGUGACUGCCCUGAGAGCGAGGCUCAGGUGUGACCCACUGACGCUGUCCCGCACCGUGCGCCGGAUGCUGCGGGGGGAGGACGAGGACACCGAUGACAGUGACGGGGACAGCGAUGGGGACAGCAGUGAGGACAAGGAGUUCCCCCCCCUGGACCCUUGAAACAGCCCCCAAACACCCCCCCC